CAGACACUGAAUUUUCGCCCUCUCCAUUGGAGUCUCCAUCCUCUCUCCGCUUUCCCAAAUUUCCACCAUUCUCAUUACUACUGUAGAGAUUAGACUUGAGAGAGAGAGAGAGAGAGAGAGAUAGAGAGAGUAUCUAUCUCGGCUUAAAGCAUGUCGUUUUGCUCCUCCCUGUCAUCUCCGCACUCUCUGUUUCUCCUUUCCAAAACCAAAUCUCCAAGCUCUCGAUUCAGAGCUUGCGCUGCUGACGUUCCUGAUUUCCUCUCAGCCGAUUGGCUGGAAUCCCGGAAGAAGAGGCCCUUUGGCCCCAGAUUAAAUUUUAGCGCAGAAGAAGCUGUUCAGCAUCAGCUGGAUGCCCUCAAGUACAACGAUCAACCCCGCCCGGAUUAUGGCAUCGAGGUCAUGUACAGGUUUGCUGGGUUUGAUCCUUUUGAGAGGUCCACCUAUUUCGGGCCAUUCUUUGAUUUGGGGCAGUUUGAACGAUUUAGGCGAAUUUUUCACCAUUCAACAUAUAGAGUGUUGUUAGGUCAUAAAGAGAGGAAGAUGUUGAGCAGUUUAUUUGUGGAGGAGAACCUAUUCAAGCAGCGGGUUUGGAUAAGAGGAUGUCGGCCGGAGGAAGAAGAAAUAUUUCAAUUCACAAUGGUUCAGAGGGUUGGAGGGUCAUGGGAUGGUUAUUGGCUGACAGAGAGUGUACUUCACGACGGAGAUGCUUUUGCCGGUGGUUUGGCUUAUUGAACAUUCAAGGCAGCUAUCGAUCGACGAUCACUCUAACAGAGACAUUUGCUCACGCACUGCCAACCUUCCAAUUUGUACAUAUGGAAAAAUAAGCAAAGUUGUUGUAAUGUCAAUAUGAUGUAGUUCGUAUAUCAAGUAUUGUAAAGUCCGGAAGCAGCAUGUAUCUUUCCUCCUCGUACGUCUGGUCUGCCCCAACUCUUGAGAAAUAGUUGAAGGAAUAAAGGAACUUCUGAUGAUUCAUAGUAAUACAUUGUAACCGAAGAGAUUUUACGUUAUUCAUUCAGUUUCCGUUU